GGCGCUGAAGGCCUUCCACUUCCGAGGUCGCGGCUGCGCGGAGCGGAGGGACGAGGCGGGCGGAGCCUGCGGAGGAGCCGCUUCCAUGGCGCUGAGUCUGGACCGCGAGGCCUACUACCGCCGCGUCAAGCGCCUCUACAGCAACUGGCAGAAAGGGGAAGAUGAAUACGCUACCAUCGAUGCCAUUGUGGUCUCCGUUGGAGUUGAUGAGGAGACUGUCUAUGCAAAGUCCACUGCCCUGCAGACCUGGCUCUUCGGCUAUGAGCUCACAGACACCAUCAUGGUUUUCUGUGAGGACAAGAUCCUCUUCAUGGCCAGCAAAAAGAAAGUGGAGUUCUUGAAGCAAAUCGCAAACAGUAAAAGCAACGAGAGUGCCAACGGGGUGCCUGCUAUCACGCUGCUUGUGCGAGAGAAGAAUGAAAGCAACAAGGCAAACUUUGACAAGAUGAUUGAAGCUCUGAAGGCCAGCAAAAAUGGGAAGCGGAUUGGCGUGUUCAGCAAGGACAAGUUUCCUGGAGACUUCAUGAACAGCUGGAAUGAUGCUCUCAGCAAAGAAGGCUUUGAGAAGGUGGACAUCAGUGCUGUGGUGGCCUACACCAUUGCUGUGAAGGAGGACGGGGAGCUCGCCCUGAUGCGUAAAGCGGCAGCCAUCACAUCAGAGGUCUUCACUAAGUUCUUGAAAGAGCGGGUGAUGGAGAUCGUCGACGCUGAUGAGAAAGUGCGGCACAGCAAGCUGGCGGAAUCCGUAGAGAAGGCCAUUGAGGAAAAGAAAUAUCUCUCUGGAGCUGACCCCUCCACAGUGGAGAUGUGCUACCCUCCUAUAAUUCAGAGUGGAGGAAAUUACAACCUGAAGUUUAGUGUUGUCAGUGAGAAGAGCUACCUGCACUUUGGGACUGUCACCUGUGCCAUGGGCAUCCGCUACAAAUCCUACUGCUCCAACCUGGUGCGCACGCUCAUGGUGGACCCGCCCCAGGAAACGCAGGACAACUACGCCUUCCUGCUGCAGUUGCAGGAGGAGAUGCUAAAAGAGCUGCGGCACGGUGUGAAGCUGUGUGAGGUCUACACCAGCGUCAUGGAUAUGGUGAAGAAGCAGAAGCCAGAGCUCUUGAGCAAAAUCACCAAGAACUUGGGGUUUGCCAUGGGCAUCGAGUUCAGAGAGGGCUCGCUUGUGAUCAACAGCAAAAACCAGUAUCGCCUGAAAAAAGGGAUGGUUUUCAGUCUCAACGUGGGGCUGUCAGACCUGACCAACAAGGAGGGGAAGAAGCCAGAGGAGAAGACAUACGCCUUGUUCAUUGGGGACACCGUGCUGGUGGAAGAGGAUGGGCCAGCUACACUCUUGACCUCUGUCAAGAAGAAAGUGAAGAACGUCAGCAUCUUACUCAAGAAAGAGGAUGAGGAGGAAGAGGAGGAAGAAGAUGAUACAGAAGGGAUCCUGCUGGGGCGAGGCUCCCGAGCAGCCCUGCUGCCAGAAAGAACUCGGAAUGAACUGACAGCCGAGGAGAAGCGCAGGGCACACCAGAAGGAGCUGGCCACGCAGCUGAACGAAGAGGCGCGGAGGCGACUGACGGAGCAGAAGGGGGAGCAGCAAAUCCAGAAGGCCCGCAAGUCGAACAUCUCCUACAAGAACCCCUCCCUGAUGCCGAAGGAGCCUCACAUCCGAGAGAUGAAGAUCUACAUUGACAAGAAAUACGAGACGGUCAUCAUGCCGGUCUUUGGCAUCGCCACGCCCUUCCACAUCGCCACCAUCAAGAACAUCAGUAUGUCAGUAGAGGGCGACUACACCUACCUGAGGAUCAACUUCUACUGCCCAGGCAGUGCCCUGGGUCGCAACGAGGGAAACAUCUUCCCCAACCCGGAAGCCACGUUCGUGAAAGAAAUAACAUAUCGGGCAUCCAAUAUAAAAACUCCCGGGGAGCAGAUGGUGCCUGCACUCAACCUGCAGAACGCCUUCCGCAUCAUCAAGGAGGUGCAGAAGCGCUACAAAACCCGGGAGGCCGAGGAGAAGGAGAAGGAGGGGAUUGUCAAACAAGACUCUCUGGUGAUCAACCUGAACCGCAGCAACCCCAAGCUGAAGGACCUCUACAUCCGCCCCAACAUAGCCCAGAAGAGGAUGCAGGGCUCUCUGGAGGCUCACGUGAAUGGUUUCCGCUUCACUUCUGUGCGGGGGGACAAGGUGGACAUCCUGUACAACAACAUCAAGCACGCCGUCUUUCAGCCCUGCGACGGAGAAAUGAUCAUUGUGCUGCACUUUCACCUCAAGAAUGCCAUUAUGUUCGGCAAGAAGCGCCACACAGACGUGCAGUUUUACACAGAGGUGGGGGAGAUCACCACCGACCUGGGCAAGCACCAGCACAUGCACGACCGCGACGACCUCUAUGCUGAACAGAUGGAACGCGAGAUGAGGCACAAGCUGAAAACGGCCUUCAAGAACUUCAUUGAGAAGGUUGAGUCCCUGACGAAAGAGGAGCUGGAGUUUGAGGUGCCCUUCCGGGAGCUGGGGUUCAAUGGCGCCCCCUACAGAAGCACCUGCCUGCUCCAACCAACCAGCAGUGCCCUGGUGAACUGCACUGAGUGGCCCCCCUUUGUGGUGACGCUGGACGAGGUGGAGCUGAUUCAUUUUGAGCGUGUCCAGUUCCACCUGAAGAACUUCGACAUGGUCAUUGUCUACAAGGACUACAGCAAGAAGGUCACGAUGAUCAACGCCAUUCCGGUGGCCUCGCUCGACCCCAUCAAGGAGUGGCUCAACUCUUGUGACAUUAAGUACACAGAAGGGGUGCAAUCCCUCAACUGGACCAAAAUCAUGAAGACAAUCGUGGAUGACCCCGAAGGCUUCUUUGAGCAAGGAGGCUGGUCAUUCCUGGAGCCUGAGGGAGAGGGAAGUGACGUCGAAGCUGGGGAAUCGGAGUCUGAGAUAGAGGACGAGACGUUCAACCCUUCCGAGGACGAGUACGAAGACGAGGAAGAAGACAGUGACGAGGACUAUUCUUCCGAGGCAGAGGAGUCUGAUUACUCGAAGGAGUCCCUGGGCAGUGAGGAGGAGAGCGGGAAAGACUGGGAUGAGCUGGAGGAAGAAGCACGGAAAGCUGACCGUGAGAGCCGGUACGAGGAAGAGGAGGAGCAGAGCCGCAGCAUCAGCCGCAAAAGGAAGGGGUCCUCCCAGAGCUCCGGGCGGCACCGCAGCUCUGGGCACCACAGCCGGAGCCCCGGCCGAAGCUCGGGGCCCCCAAAGAAGAAGAGGAAGUAGAUGACGUACGCCAGCCCUUCCCAUCAGCCAAUCCUUAGAGGGUGGGGGCUUUUGAGGCCUCCUCCCUCAGCCAAUGUUUAGGGCAUGGGGGGCGGCUGGCCCCCUCCCCACAAACUUUUUCAUCUUUCUCACCCAGACACACACGCCCCUUUUCUGUUUCUCUGGGGAGUCUCCUGCUCUUGUCCCCCGAGUCUUUUCAGAGCGUUUGUACGGACCAAUCAGCUGUGAGAGAAUUCCAGGCCGCGUUCUUGUGUUAACCAUGGACUCCAAGCCCUGCGGAGGAGGAGGAGGCGGCGUGUUGCAGGGCGGGGGCAGGUGGGGGUGAGGCUCAGGAAUCUGGUGUUAGUGAUACGCUUACCUGCCGCUCCCUCGUCCCCUUCUCCAUGGCCUCACUCCUGCCCCCCAACCACCCACCCUCCCUCCCUCCCCCUGGGGGCAUAGUGACUCGGAACUCCUUCCCCGCUGUGAAUUCCCCCCCCCCCCACUCCCGGCGUCUCUGUCCUCUGAUGGAUUUGGGGAACAGGCCAGUUGGCCUGAGGGUGCCUCCAAAGUCAAAGCAUGGCCUUGAGCGAAGCAGGCUGCUAUGUUAGCAUUUUGGUGCUGUGGGGGAGGAGCUCUCCCUCCGAAGCAAAGACCUGGUUGGUGUAAGAUGCUCCACGGGUGGGCGCGGAUGGGGCAAAAGUUUCCAUACAGGUGAGGUCAGGGCUGGAAGCUGAGGAUGCGACUGAUUAAAAUGUUCUUGCUUUUUCUUUCCUUUUUUAAAAUAGUAGAGCUCUGUCUGUAUUUAUCUUUGUUUUCUCGGUUGCCGAAGGCUCCAGUGAGCAAGUGUUUUGGGCCUGGGAGGGGGGGUUACAUGCAUUGCUUGCCCUCUACCUUCCUUGUUUCCUGUAGGUAGGGGUCAAUGAUCCAGGCACGGGGCGGAGGGAGAGGCUUUCUCAAACUCCUUUUCCCCCUCGUAGCAGUUAGCACUCUUGGUAUUUUUGACUUUGGAAAAAAAACUGAUCAAUAAAAAUGUUUUUUUAAGUA